GGAAGCAUCACUUCAUCAGAGAAAGAUCACCCAAAGCCAACUCUGCUUUGGGUGGUUUGAUAGCUUAAGCUAGGAGGUGAUCAGGGCGAGACCGAUCGAUCACCAUGGAGAAGAGCCUCUUCUCCAUGGUGGCGUCUCUCUUCUGUGCCGUCGCCGUCGCGGCCAUGGCGGCCGCCACGGCCGGCAGCGAGGCCGCCAUGGUGGAGCACACCUUCGUGGUGCACGAGAUGAACGCGACGCACCUGUGCAACACGACCAAGAUCUAUGUGGUGAACGGGCAGCUCCCAGGCCCGACGGUGGACGUGGUGGAGGGCGACACGGUGGUCGUCCACGUCAGGAACAAGCUGCCACAUGGUCUGACCAUCCACUGGCACGGCGUCCGCCAGAUGCGGAGCUGCUGGGCUGACGGGGCUGGCUUCGUCACCGAGUGUCCCAUCCCACCUGGCGGCGAGCACACCUACCGCUUCAACGUCACCGGCCAGGUUGGCACGCUGUGGUGGCACGCCCACGUCACAUGCCUCCGCUCUACCAUCAAUGGAGCCUUCAUCAUUCGUCCCCGCGACGGAAAGUACCCAUUCCCGACACCGGCCAAGGAUGUGCCGAUCAUCAUAGGUGAAUGGUGGGAGCUUGACCUCAUUGAACUCGAUAGGAGGAUGAUGGACGGCAACUUCGACGACAACCCGUUGUCGGCGACCAUCAACGGGAAGCUCGGCGACCUCAGCAACUGCUCCGGCACUGUGGAGGAGAGCUUCGUCCUCGACGUGAAGCAUGGGGAGAGCUACCUCCUCCGGGUCAUCAACACUGCACUCUUCUCCGAAUACUACUUCAAGGUCGCCGGCCACACGUUCACGGUGGUCGGCGCCGACGGCAACUACCUUACGCAAUACAAGACGGACAUGGUCACCGUCGCGCCUGGUGAGGCCAUCGACGUGCUCAUGGUCGCCGACGCACCGCCGGCGCACUACCACAUGAUCGCAUUGGCCAACCAGCCACCGGAACCGGACCCGCAGAUCCCGGUGUUCACCUCGCGUGGCCUCAUCCGCUAUGCCGGCGCUGCGACGGACAACAAUGGCUUGCCGGUUCCAAUGCCCAUCAUGCCCAACCAGCACAACACCAUGCCGUCCUACUACUUCCACGCCAACCUCACCGGCCUCGCACACCCAGAGCGCCACCGCGUGCCCAUGCACGUCGACGAGCGCCUCUUCGUCACGCUCGGGCUCGGCUCCAUAUGCCGCGGCCGCAACACCACCUGCAAGAGGCGGCGUAGCCCGGAGACCAUCGUGGUGGCCACCAUGAACAAUGUCUCCUUCGCCCACCCCAAGACCACCGCCCUCCUCGAGCGCUACUACGACGGCACGUCCAAGGGCGUGUACACGGAGGACUUCCCCGUCCGGCCGCCACGGCCGUUCAACUACACCAACCGCGCCCUCAUCCCGCCGGGCCCGCUCGAGGAGGAGCUGGAGCCAACGUUCAAGGCCACCAAGCUGAAGCGCUUCAAGUACAACACGUCGGUGGAGAUCGUCUUCCAGAGCACCACACUCAUGCAGAGCGACUCCAACCCCAUGCACCUCCAUGGCUACGACGUCUUCCUCCUCGCCCAAGGGCUCGGCAACUUCAACCCCAAGACGGACACCCGCAAGUUCAACUACCACAACCCUCAACUCAGGAACACCGUGCAGGUUCCACGUGGUGGCUGGGCCGCCGUCCGCUUCCUCACCGACAAUCCUGGGAUGUGGUACCUGCACUGCCACUUUGAAUUCCACAUCAUCAUGGGCAUGGCGACGGCGUUCAUCGUGGAGGACGGGCCGACGCCGGAGACGAGCCUGCCACCGCCGCCACCGGAGUUCAGGAGAUGCGGCGCCAAUGGUCUGAGUCAGCCGUGAGUGCUUUGAACAUAUUGGUUUUUAUUACUAUGAAUAAUAGCAAAUAAAAGAUUAUGCGUGGAUUAUUUGUAUUCGGCUUUGUAUUGGUGGCGACAAUCGAUUCUUACCGUGAUAGAGAUUUACUAUUCAUUUUUUUUAGCUUUCAUUGUUGUAAGAUGUCAAAUUGUAAGUAAAUCCAUUUGGAUUUAAUUUAUCAAUAAAAGCAAUUAG